UUUAUUCCAGAUUUCAAUACAUUUUGGGGAGGAGACGGUUAAUUUCCCCGCUUCUACUUUUACGGACUGCUGAUUGGUGAUUAAGGCAGUUCUUCGAUUGGGACAUUUGUCUUCACCAAUGAGAAUAAGCAGGAUCACACCAAUCACAAACAUCACUUUGCAUUCUCAAAGAGGGUAUAAAAAGGGCAAGUAGGGGCGGGGUGAACAUUCCUUCAUUCUCGCUGGAGUAGGACUGUGGCUGUGGAAAUGUCUGGACGUGGAAAAGGCGGCGCUGGCAAAGCUCGAUCCAAGGCGAAAUCUCGUUCGUCUCGGGCUGGACUGCAGUUCCCGGUCGGCCGGGUUCACAGACUCCUGAGAAAGGGCAACUAUGCUGAGCGUGUGGGUGCCGGAGCCCCGGUCUAUCUGGCUGCUGUGCUCGAGUAUCUGACGGCCGAAAUCCUCGAAUUGGCCGGCAACGCGGCCCGGGACAAUAAGAAGACCCGCAUCAUCCCCCGGCACCUGCAGCUGGCCGUCCGCAACGACGAGGAGCUGAACAAGCUGCUGGGAGGGGUGACUAUCGCUCAGGGCGGUGUGUUACCCAACAUCCAGGCUGUCCUUUUGCCCAAGAAAACCGGCGCUGCCAGUAAGUGAAGCGACGUAAGCUGAAUCUAUUUACCUAAAGGCUCUUUUCAGAGCCACUCACAAUGUCUGUGGAAGGGCUGAGCGGCGGGUGCUUUCCGUCCCUUUGAUAUCCUGCAUCUGUCAGUGCCUCGACGUGUUUCUUCCGCGAAAGAAACCGGAAUAAAUCUGCACAGAAACCGGUUUGUUUCAGUCCCGGCUCGUUUUCCCCUCUCAGCAGACCGAAUGAGCUCUCUCCCCUUGCAGAGAAUCAGCGGGUUCCCUAGGCGCAGAGUCGUGAAAUGAACUUCCGGAGUCAGCCCCGGGAGGGAGAAUUUAAUCUCCGAUCACUGAACGACUCGGCUCUUCAUCACCUGGAACCGCGUUGUCUGGGUUCCACAUUGCGGGUUGACCCUGGGCCGUUCCGGUGUGCAGAAGGAGGGAACAUUGCCUGUUCGUUGCUUCAUGAGCGAUUCCCAUCGCCUCACAGAAAAAUAACAUUUGCGUUUUACAUUUCAGAAUCAAGUUUAUUAUCACCGGCAUGUGACGUGAAAUUUGUUAACUCAGCCGCAGCAGUUCAAUGUCAUACAUAAUCUAGAAGAUAAUUAUAAAAUUAUUAAUUAAAAUAAAACAUAAUAAACAAGUACAUCAGUUACGUAUAUUGACUGUUAUUUAAAAAAAAGUAAAAAAAAAACAAAUACCGUACAUUAAAAAAGUGAGUUAGUGUCCAUAGUUUUAAUGCCCAUUUAGGAAUCGGAUGGCAGAG